CUGGCGGGGAUAUUCGAGCCUUCCAAAUGACGGUGGGGAUAGCAACGAAACUAGGAAUGCGAACGGAUUAUUUUCUACAUCAAAUGUUAUGCUUUUUAAAUUAAAAGUAAUGUAGUUGAGCCAUUUAGAUGUCAUGGUAACCCACGAAGUUUGACACUGGCAAGGAUCGUUUUGGUAAAACGCGAAUUUUCAAGUGCUUUUCAAAUGGAGGCGAUGGAGGUGGACUUGCAGCUGGGGGGCCCCAGUAGGGAACCAGAACCAGAUGCUAUGGCAGGCCAGGUAGAUCUCCCUAUCAUCAUUCCUGACUCUGGCAGCGAAACUGAGGUAGAGGACGAGGCAGACGCGGCUCCCCUUGACCCACCACGGCUCCCGACCACCUGGGCGUUCAGUCAGAACAGAGUCAGAGUGGAGGGUCAAGUUGGGCCCAGGAUCAGAAUGGAGGGUCAUAUUGGGCCCAGGGUCACUACAGCAGCAGCCCUGAGGCAGCGGAGAGCCAGGCCAGGCGUCAGGGAGCUGUACCCCACCCAGACCUCUGCUAGCCGCUUCCUAGAUUUCCUGCUGCGAGUCCCUACAGCCAACCAGGCCGAGCCUGACUCUGGCAAUACCACAGAGGUGAGCGAGUCAGAGGAUGAGGCAGAGCCAGUAGACUCUCACAACCCUGGCGAACUUGCCUUUCCCUCCAGCCCUCGUCUGAACCCUCCCGUUGCAGCCAUGCCACUGCAAGGCCUAAAUCCUUCAGAUUCUAAUGCAACCACAGAGGCUGCGAGGACAGAGUCUGGAAAUCAAGUGAAUCCUGAGAGUGUUACAGCCCCAGUGGCCACCAGUGGUGCAGCUCUUCGGUCGUCCCAAGGGGAUGAGGGGGACGGGGAGACCUGCUCUAUCUGCUUUGAGCCCUGGACCACGUCAGGGGAGCACCGCCUGGCCACCCUGCGCUGCGGACAUCUCUUCGGCUACACCUGCAUCGACCGCUGGGUGAAGGGCCAGGGCCAGGGAGCCAAGUGUCCCCAGUGCAACAAGAAGGCCAAGCGCUCUGAUAUCGUCCUCCUGUACGCACGCAAGCUGAGGGCUUUGGACAACACAGAGCAGGAGAAUAUGAAGAGGUCAUUGGAGCAGGAGCAGUCAAUGCGGAGGAGGGCUGAACUAGAGUCAGCCCAGUGCCGACUACAACUGCAGGUGAUGACAGAUGAAUGUGGGAAACUACGCAAGCAGAUACAGGAGCUGAAGAUGCUGAUGGCCCAGACUGGCUGUGGGCCCUCUAAGAACUCAGGGGCCUCUCUCUCCGGGCUCUCACAGAGACAGGACAGCACCCAGGGCGGCCACUACGUCUUCUCCAAGGCCGUGCUGGUGUCUCAGGCGGGGGGCUGCAGGGUGCUGGCCUACUGUGAACCACUCAGCUGCCUGCUGGCCUCCCAUCCCUCCCCACACACCACCCUGGUGCCCGGCUACGGGGUGAAGAAGGUGAGUACGGUGAAUCUGAAGGCAUGCCAGUACGUUCCCAUCCAUGCCAAACAGAUCAGAGGCCUGGCGUUCAACAGACAAGCUGACAGCCUCCUACUCUCUGCUGCCCUGGACAACACCAUCAAACUCACCAGUCUAAUGACCAACACAGUGGUGCAGACGUACAACACGGGUAAACCAGUGUGGAGCUGCUGCUGGUGCCUGGACAACAACAACUACGUGUACGCUGGUCUCAGUAACGGCUCUGUGCUGGUGUAUGACACCAGAGACACCAGCACACACAUCCAGGAGCUGCAGCCACUACGCACUAGGUGUCCCGUGGCCUCUCUGUCCUACGUGCCUCGCGCCUCCUCCAGCUCGUUCCCGUGCGGCGGCCUCAUCUCAGGCUCUCUGGAGGGGGGCUGCUUCUGGGAGCAGGUGGACGGCACCACUUACAGACCCCACAUUUUACCCCUGGAGACAGGAGGCUGUACAGACAUCCAGGUGGAGCCAGAGAGCAGACACUGUCUGGUCACCUACAGACCAGGGCGCUCCAACCCGUCUCUGCGUUGUGUUCUGAUGGAGCUGAACAGGACUUUCCAGCAGGAUACGGCCCAGGAGCCCUCGUGUUCCUGCUACCCUGUCCAGACCUUCAGCGCCGGCUCCUCCUGCAAAGUGCUCACCAAGAACGCUGUGUUCAGAAGCCCGGCCGGGGAGGGCUCCACACUGGUCUGUGCCGGGGACGAGUCCACCAACUCCACCAUGGUGUGGGAUGCAGGGAGUGGAUCCCUGAUUCAGAAGUUGCCUGCUGACCUCCCAGUGUUGGACAUCUGCCCAUUUGAGGUGAAUCAGGGCAGUUACCUGGCCUCUCUCACUGAGAAGAUGCUCAAAAUCUACAAGUGGGAAUGAGGAGAGAUUAUGGCGGAGAACAUACACACCACCAGCAUAGAGCAUGUAUGAGUAGGGCAGCUGCUGCACUGUAUAAAUGGCAUCCAUUUAAAACAGCCUUUUCUUAGACUACAGAGGAGCCUUUGUUGGGUUUGCAUUGCAGUGGAGGGACUGGAGAGAUGUCACACUGCUGCACUGUUAUCAAGGAACUGAUAACUGGAGUGCCUGUACACAUACACCACUGUCCUAAAUGUUUACAUUUGAGAAUCACUGAAAACAUCCCAUCAAAAUGAACAGAUAUAAUACAGCAAGACAGGGGUACCCUACCCACUCACCACUACCCAGCUUUUCCUUUGGAUGUGAAGAUGAAUCUGUGUUUUUGUCAACCAUGCUGCCAAUGCUUGUUUUAAUUUUGCAAUGUUAUGUUAAAACAUUGGGCUAUGUUCAGUUGGUGAACGUUGCAGAUAGAAAUUCCAUGAAUAGAGCCGAUGUGAGUCCUUAUUCUACAUAUCAGAGAGGCAUGUUUGAGCUACAUUGCCUGUUUCUAGCUGAACGUUCCAAAACGUUAAAUCCUGCUGAACGUGCUGCUGGUCUCCUGGUUCACACAGGCAGCCCAAUUGUGGGGCGCGUUCAGCAGGAUUUAACUUUUUGGAAUGUUCAGAUAGCCUAUUUCUAUGUAGAUCAAACAUGCCUCUCUGCUAUGUAGAAUAAGGAAUGCCAUCGGUUCUAUUCAUGACAUUUCUAUCUGCAACGUUCGAGAACGUUUAGCAGCUGAACAUGGCCCUGAACUUUUUUCCACUAAUUGGUCUUUUGACCAAUCACAUGAGUUCUUUUCACGUCAGAUCUUUUUCAGUGCUGAUCUGAUUGGUCAAAAGACAAAUUAGUGAAUAAAAUAUCAGAAUUGGGCUGCCUGUAUAAACGCAGCCUUUGAGAUGGAUCCAUGGAUAAAAAUCAGGACAUCUAUAGCUAACAAGUGUUACAUUUCCUGGAAUUUGAUUAGAGCAACUGAUCAGCAGGCUUUAUCAAAAAUCGUUAAGAAUAUAAAUACAAUGAUGGUUUGCUUAUUUUAGUUCCAGAGGAAAUUGUAUAUACAUGUAUAUUUGAUACCAAAUGUUUGUGUACAAUUUCAAAUGUAAUAAAAUAUAAAUAAUUGGUUAUUGUUCAUCCUGAUGUAGGUUUGGGCGGUAUCCAGAUUGUCAUAACUUUAUACCGACCUUGUGCCAUACCAGGAUAUUCAGUAAUACCGGCACGGAACACAAGGGGAGCUGUAAUCCAAAGGUUAGCAAUGCUAACAAGUACAUGUAAAAUACCAUAGAAAAUGCUAACGAUCGCAUUGGGAACAUUUAGUGCAGUUUCUGACAAAUUAUACAAGUAACUCACACAUGCUACACAGUUUGCUGCACGCACAAAACAAAUAUUAGUCAGCAAGGUUCUUGAUCCAUGAGGGGAUUAUCUGCUGUUGUCAAGCUAAUGCUUGAUUUUGGAAGAAGCUAACCCCUUAGCUAGAUAACGAACUAGCUACUGAAUUAGUAAACCAAAUGCACAACUCCAGAGCAUUUAGCACAUUUUAGACAGUUAACUUAAUAGUUAUAAGAUAUCUAGCUGGCAAACAUUUUAGUUGUAAAUUCCAUACAGUAAUUAGAUCACCUGGUGCAUGCUGCACAACAGUGAGUGACUCACAAGGCUCCGGUCUCUCGUCAUUGUGUGCUUGUAAACAAACACCACAUGAUGUGACUGGGUACUAUGUGUAAGCUUCAUACUAAUGUGACAGGUGAAAUGAAGAACGCAAUGUUCUUUAUCUCCUAACUUAUUGCACAAGUUAACUGCAGGUAUGUACUUAAAAACUAGCUACAAAUUCACAUUUAUUAAACUUUAAACAGUAUUUAUUUAUUUUUUUACUGUUUCAAUGGUAUUGACGGUAUUGAAAAACCCUCCAGUGGCUUUUUCCAAAUACCCCGUUAUAUGGUAUAUACAGUAUACCGCCCAAGCCUAUCCUGAUGUGAUUCAUACUGCAGAUUGCUUGCUGCAAAAGGUUAGCUAGCUUGCUAUUUUCAUAAACCUUAUUUUUUUCAAUAAAAAACAUUGUCUUCA